AUGAGCUCCGCCCAGGUGUCCAAGAAGAGGAAGUUCGUCGCCGACGGCGUCUUCAAUGCAGAGCUCAACGAAUUCCUGGCACGAACGCUGGGAGAGGAUGGCUACGCCGGCGUCGAGGUUCGCGUGACCCCCAUCCGCACGGAGAUCAUCAUCCGGGCGACCAGGACCCGCGAGGUUCUGGGCGAGAAGGGCCGACGCAUCCGAGAGCUCACUGCCCUGGUCCAGAAGCGCUUCGGGUUCCCUGAAAACAGCGUGGAGCUCUUCGCCGAGCGUGUGGAGAACCGCGCGAGCUGCGCCAUGGCUCAGUGCGAGUCGCUGCGCUUCAAGCUCAUCGGAGGCCUGGCCGUGCGCCGCGCCUGCUAUGGUGUGCUGAGGUUCAUCAUGGAGAAUGGCGCCAAGGGCGUGGAGGUUAUCAUCAGCGGCAAGCUCCGUGCACAGCGAGCCAAGGCGAUGAAGUUCAGGCAGGGCUACCUUAUCUCCACUGGCGAGCCCAAGAGGCACUACAUCUCUGAGGCCGUGCGCCACGUGCAGAUGCGACAGGGAACUAUCGGGAUCAAGGUGAAGAUCAUGAUGUCGCACGACCCAGAAGGCAAGAUGGGACCCAAGAUGCAGCUGCCCGACAACGUGAUCGUCCACGAGCCGAAGGAGGAGGCGCCCCCCAUGAUGCCAGCAGAGGACCAGGGUUACGGCGAAGGCGGCUAUGACAACCAGGGAUACUGA